AGAGGAAAGCCUGCUGCAACGCGGAAUAAACCUUUGCAGAAAGCUUUGCCUUUGCAUGCCAAUCAGGCGGCGGCAGGCAAUGGAGAACCAACAGAUAUCAUUGUGGUAGACCUGGAGGCGUUUCCAGCAACCGCGACCAUGGAAAACAGGGGAGGCUUCAAGGCUAGUGCGCAAGCGCCAGCAUUGCAAAGCAGGCAGGCAUCCGGAGUGAAUCCACAUAGAAACAGCACGAGCAAUGCCAGCCUGCCUCAGAGCGGUGGCGGAUCCCGGAUCUCAAAGAGAAGUCCGACGACUUCUUCAAACAACAGUGCAGGACCAAAACUCCUACCUCUGCCCUCCAGCAAACUCAACAUCCCAACAUCGAACCCUUUUGCAAAGAAGAAAGAACAUAAAACCCCGUUUUCAGCUGCUUACUACGCUGGCAAGAUACCAGCACGAGUGAAUCAUGGGUCUGUAAGAUGCCGCCUGCAAUGGGACGAGCCACCCAGCUCCCUAGACUACAACCCGCUCCUGGUGACAGUAGCAGAGGGGCUGAGGGAGACGGAGCAUCCGUACAACUUCGUGGCAGCAGAGGCGUUCGAGCACUUGAUGCAAGCGCAGGACGCCCGCAGCAAGACGGAGCCGUUGCUCGGGCAGCUCAUCGGUCCCAUCCGAGCUGCCCUGAUGCACGCAGACAAGGACGUCUUCUUGCGGGGCUUGACGGCAAUCAGCCAGCUUUCGAUGGCGGUGGGAGAGGCCUUGAACCCCCAUCUCCCAGUGCUCCUGGGCCAGGUUGCCAAGAAGUCAUUCGAUAAAGCCUUGCAGGGCCCCGUGACAGAGACGCUCCAAGUUCUGGAGCGGCAAGGAGGACCUGGAGCAUACAAGCUCAUUAAGACAAAGGUGGCUACGUACUCUUCAACGUGCGGUGCUCGGCAAUUGUCCGUCUUUGUCUGA